AUGGAUCCUACUUUAAAAAGUCUUUAUCCAAUCAAUGAUGAAAAUAACAACACUACACAAAAUUGGAGUCAAGAUCCAGAUUUAACACAUCAGAAUGAAGUCCCCUUAUCUACAACUACAGUUCAGUCUGUUUCGGAUGAUGAUAAUCAACCCAUUGUUGAACAACCAUUUAAAAAGCCAAAAUUGAUUAAUAUGAAUAUAGAUUCAUUACAAACUAAACGAGGUGAACCUAAUGUAUCUAAUAUUAUUCCAGUCAUUGAACAAUCAUCUGUUCCUUCAUCAUCUACGCAUAUAUCAGAAACUGUGACAAAUCAAUGUGAAGUUGAAAUUUUAACUAAUACUAAUUUAUUAGAUGAUGAAGAAACAGUUGAAGAUGAUGAAGAUGAAGAAGAAGAUGAUGAUGAAGAGGAAGAAGAUGAAGAUGAUAGUGCUACUGUACUUGGUGAUGCAGAUAGUGAAUCUGUUGUCAGUGAUAUUAUAUCAUCUGUAUUACAACAAGAAAAAGAAGCGAGAAAAAUAGAAGAUCGUAAAUUAUUAGCUUUAUUAGCACAUUUUGAUGAGGAACAAUUAAAUCGAUUCGAAACAUUUCGUAGAGCUACAUUUACUAAAGCUGUAGUAAGACGACUGAUACAAUCUAUAGCUCCAUGUUCAGUUUCACAAAAUGUAGUUAUUGCUAUGGCUGGUUUAACAAAAGUUUUUAUUGGAGAACUAGUUGAAGAAGCAUUAAAUUACAAAGAACAAUUAGGUGAAAGUGGACCAUUAAAACCAAAGCAUAUUAGAGAAGCUUAUCGUAUAUUAUCAAAUGAACGACGAUGCUGUACAGAAACGCCAGAAAAUCCUCUUUUAUAA